AAAUACUUCAAUUAUAUACGCACAAUAUUAUAAUUUAGUGUGCAGCUAGUACUAAUUUAUUUCGUCUACCCACCUUUAUUGACACCAAAGGAAGACUUUCUUUUCUCUUGUCGCUGUCACUACACCGGUCUCAAAGAAUUGUUUUUUCCUUUCAUUGUCGCUAUGCUGGUAUAUAUAGAAAUGACCUUUUAUGUCUAUGAAGUACUAAUUUUUCCUUGUAGAAAACAAUCGAACCUAGAUCAUGAAUCUUGUAGAAAAGAUCUUAAUUUUUUCUGUUUUAUUUCUUCUGAAACGCAGAUCUUGCACUUCCAUAGAUACCAUCAACUCAAUCCAGUCUUUCAAAGAUGGUGACAAUCUAGUCUCUAAAGGAGGAUCCUUCAAGCUCGGAUUCUUUAGUCCCGGCAGUUCUAGUAAUCGAUAUGUGGGUAUAUGGUACAACAAAGUUAAAGAACAAACAGUAGUUUGGGUUGCAAACAGAAACAAACCGAUCACUAGCCGCACUGGAGUUCUCUCCAUCAACAAAAUCGGAAAUCUAGUGUUAUACGAUGAAAAUCGUGACGUUCUGGUCUGGACAACCAAUGUUUUAGCCACGACUGGCACCACAAACGAGUCAUUUGCUCAGCUUUUGGAAACAGGUAACCUAGUGUUGUUUCAAGGUAACAAGCGAAGGGUUGUUGUAUGGCAAAGCUUUGAUUAUCCUACAAAUACUAUGCUUCCAUACAUGAAAUUUGGGGUGAAUCAUAGGACCGGUCUGAACCGGUUCUUGACAUCCUGGAAGUCACGUGAGGAUCCGGGAAUCGGGGAGUAUUCCUUGAAAAUGGACCCUAAUGGGGCGCCACAGUUGUUCUUGUUCAAUGGUUCAGUUAAGGUAUGGCGAACUGGACCAUGGAUUGGACAAGGUUGGAAUGGUGUCCCAGAGAUGAAAUAUGAGUUGAUCGUGAAUGCUAGUUAUGUUGACAAUUAUGACGAGACCUACAGGAUGGAUACUACAGUUAAUGCCUCAAUUUUAUCAAGAUACGUAAUGAACGAGUCUGGGGUGGUUGAAAAGCUUGGAUUGGUCGAGGAGGACCAAAAAUGGGUUGUGUACUGGCAUGCACCCAAGUCCAAGUGUGACAAUUAUGAUAAGUGCGGUGUGAAUAGUUACUGUGACCCAUAUUCGUUCGAAUGUACCUGCCUUCCAGGGUCUGAACCCAACUCUACGGGUGAUUGGUACUCGAGGGAUGGGUCUAAAGGGUGCACGAGGAAGCGAGGGGAACAAGUGUGUAGAAAUGAUGAUAGAUUCACAAUGGUUGAACGUGCAAAGGUCCCCGACACAUCAUUGGCACAAGUGAACAAAAGUAUGGGAACGGAAGCAUGCAUGGAGUUGUGCUUGAGGAAUUGCUCUUGCACAGGUUACGCAAGUGCCGAUGUUAAUGGUACAGGAAAGGGUUGCAUCACUUGGUAUGAGGACUUGAUAGAUACUACUACACUUUUGUAUGGGGGUCAGGAUUUGUAUAUACGGGUGAAUGCAGCUGGGUUAGCUCAAUUCUCAAAGAAGUCAAAGUGGUUUGAUCACAAAAGGUUGGCGACGAUUGUGGGAGUAUCCCUCGCUGCAAUGCUUCUCAUGCUAUCCUUGGUGUAUUGGUUGGCAACGAAGAAGAAGAAAGGUAUGGGAGAAAGAAACAAAUCACCAAAUAGUUUCGUUACUUCACCGUUCUAUGAAGGACCUUCUAGCAAAAAAGAGAUUGUUGAAAGUGGGCCAAAUUCAGAUAUUCAAUUCUUUGAUCUAAGCACUAUAGUUGCUGCCACAGACAACUUCUCUCUAGCUAACAGACUCGGAGAAGGUGGCUUUGGAGCGGUUUAUAAGGGUCGGCUACCUAAUGGACAGGAAGUAGCUGUCAAAAGACUAUCAAAGAAUUCAAGGCAAGGGAUAGAAGAGUUGAAGAACGAAGUAAAACUGAUUGCAAGGCUACAACAUAGGAAUCUAGUAAGGCUUUUGGGGUGUUGCAUUCAAGAAGAAGAAAAGAUGCUAAUCUAUGAAUACUUGCCAAACAAAGGCUUGGACUCUUUCAUCUUUGAUAAAGCAAAAAAGUCAAUGUUAGAUUGGAAAAAACGCUAUGAAAUUAUUUUGGGAAUUACUAGAGGGAUGUUAUAUCUUCACGAGGACUCAAGACUAAAGAUCAUCCAUAGAGAUCUAAAAGCCAGCAAUGUAUUGCUCGAUGCCACCAUGAAUCCAAAAAUAUCAGACUUUGGUAUGGCCAAAAUCUUUGAUGGGGACCAAAUUGAAGCAAACACGAAUCGAGUAGUUGGAACAUAUGGUUACAUGUCGCCAGAGUAUGCAAUGAAAGGACUAUUUUCUAUUAAGUCUGAUGUUUUUAGCUUUGGAGUUAUGUUGUUGGAGAUCAUCAGUGCCAGGAAGAACAAUAGUUACUCCCCUGAGGACUCUCUUAAUCUGAUUGAGCAUGUUUGGGACCUGUGGAAAGAAAGCAGAGCCUUGGAAAUAGUUGAUUUAUCAUUGGGCGAGUCAUAUCAACCUCAUGAAGUGUUGAGAUGUAUUCACAUUGGGCUUUUAUGCGUGCAAGAAUUUGCUGCUGAUCGGCCUAGCAUGUCAGAAAUAGCAUUCAUGCUUUCUCAUGAUACAACACUUCCUUCUCCAAACCAAUCUGCAUUUAUUUUCAGAAGAGAAAAUAAUGAUCCAGUUGCAUCACCGACUCGUGUGGGACCUAGUUCUAUAAAUGAUGUCACUCUAUCUGCGAUUGAAGCUCGUUAAAGGCUCGCUCCAUUGCAGACAAUAUAUUAUUUACUCACAAUUACAAGCAGUAUCAGUUGGCUGUCAUUAUAAGUUCAUUGAAUGAUUUUAUGUCUAUAGCUAAAAUUGCUAAGGUUUGUUGUAAGUUAUAAUUUUGUGCAUGUACUGCCAAAAUAUGUUUUGGUCUACUCCAUCUUUUCCCGAAUCAAGGAUUUGUAUGCUUUCAUAAACGAUAUUCUUUUCCUACAAUUCUAACCAGAAGAAAACAUAUGGUGUGAAACAGAGAGCCACUAAUGUACACCCUGGUGUUGCUCUCUCCAGAACAUAACUGCCUUGUUAUUUUUGGAUUUAGCUUCAAUGGAAGUUGUUCAUAUACAACAAUGUAUUCUCAAGUUGAAGAUAGAAUAGAGCAUUUAGACAGAAAUUGAAUAGAG